UAAACAAUAUAAAAAUACAACAGACUAUGUUACCACCAUUUCACCAAUCAUAAAAUAUUAUUGUAAAUGUUUUUAAACGUUUAUUUUAUGAAAUAAUGAGUGUUUUAUUUGUUUCUUAUAUUUAGUGUCCUACGCGUUACAUAGCAUGUAAUCCUGCAAUUUGAGUGGUGUGGUGAGAAACGGUUAAGUUAUCAAAAUAGUACAUACAAGGAAACCUCAUAGUGUCUAAACCAAGAAAUAGAACAUUUUUUUAAGUUAUAUACAUAUAUUAACCUCUUAUGGGCGGGUGUUGCGAUUUUGCAACAAACCGAAUUUAGUUUUUUUUUUCUCCAUGAAAACUAUUUUUUAUUGGUCUGUGGACUGUUGUUACAGUUUCACAACAAACCGGUGGGAAAUUUUGUGAUAAUGUAGUAGCAGAACUGCUGAGUUGAAGCUGUUUAUAAGCCAUUUUGUUAGUUGGUGACACAGUUUUCAGAAAUAAGCCGGUUACUGGAUUUUAAUUGUUUUUUUUUUUUCUCAAAAAAGGUAAGUCACAGAUUUAAAAAAAAUACUGUCAGUGUUAUUAGUUCAUAAGCUACAGAUUAGUCUAGUUAAUGAAUGUUUUCCACCUGAUUAAGGUUGGUUUAUAACCUAAAAUAGGUUUGUUCUUUUUUUGCAACAACAGGCCAUAACGGAAUAUUGGUUUGUUCUUUUUUUGCAAUAACAGGCCAUAAAGGAAAAUGAAGCCAAUAGAAAACAUAUUUCCACAUUUAUUUGUUUAUCUCAUUAUUUACUAAAUUAGUGAUAUUGAGCAUGGAGUAAUUCACUUGUGUUUUUUUAGAUGCGUCGGUCGAAGAGGAUUCUAGCUGACAUACCUGACCUGGGACUGUUGCCUCCAGAAUCAAGUGAAGAGAGCGAGGCAGACUAUAGUGAUGCUGACCCCGACUACGACCCAAAUACAGUUGGAAUGACUAGGCUGCAAAGAAUUCUAGCUGCUCGAGAGCAAAGUGAUGAUGACUCACGUGAGGACGAAACUGUGAAUCAACCAGAAAAAGGAGAGAUACAUCAGGAAGAAAAUGACGAAGAAGCACACCCUGAGGAGCCUGCUGUCGAAGAUGCCCCUGUUACACCCCUUCCACUGUGGACAGAUGUCGCUCCAGAAGAUAGUGAAAAAGAGGUAUCUGCAUGGCUAGGUGCCCUCCCAAACCCUGACGAGUUUGAAAUUGAUACACCAAUUGAGUACUUCAAAUACUUUUUGGACGAAGAUCUUUUGAAUACCAUUACAGAUCAGUCUAACCUGUAUGCUAUACAGAUAAACCCUAACAAACCCUUGAUUUUGACAACUCCAGAGCUAGAGCAAUAUCUAGGUGUUUGUAUUUUGAUGUCGAUUUACAUUCUUCCUAGAGCCAGUAUGUACUGGGUUAAGAGUACUAGGAUAGAUAAAAUUGCAAAUGUGAUCAGCAGGGACCGCUGGAAGGAAAUUAAAUCAAAAUUGCACUGCAAUGACAACUCGAAACUGAGAAGAGAUGAUCCCAACCGUGAUAGGCUGUUUAAAAUCGGGCCCUUAUUUGACUCAUUGCAGGAAAAAUUUAGGAAUCUACCUAAAAGUGAGUUUCUUUGCAUCGAUGAACAAAUAGUCCCGUUCAAGGGAAAAUCCGGUCUGAAGCAGUACAACCCAAAAAACCCAAAAAAUGGGGUUUCAAAAUUUUUGUUUUGUGCGACACUUCUGGUUUGGUUUAUGAUUUUGAGAUCUACUGUGGUAAAAUACAGGUUCCCUGAUAUUGAUGCGAGUUCAAAUAUUGUACUAAAGCUUGUUGACUCAGUACCUAGAAAUAUGAACGACAAAUUGUUUUUCGACAAUUGAUUUUCUUCCUUGCCUCUCUUUGUUGAGCUCAAACAAAUUGGCAUUGAAUCAUUAGGCACAGUAAGGAGUGACCGUUUCAAAGGCCUGAACUUCCCUACUGACAAAGACAUGAAACAUGAUUUUGGUAGAGGCUCUGUUCUUGAAAAAGGUCAUGUGACAAACACCGAUGUAGAAAUCAGAGCUGUAAAGUGGAUGGACAAUAGGUGUGUGGUAUUAGUCUCAUCAUUUGAAUCCGCUCAGCCCAUCACAAAUGUCAAAAGGUUUGACAAAAAAGUAAAGAAGGAAAUACUUGUUCCUUGUCCAAAAGCUGUGAUUACAUAUAACAAAUUUAUGGGCGGAGUAGAUCUGCUUGACGGUCUUGUAGCAUACUAUCGGAUUUCCACCAAAUCUAAAAAGUACUACAUGAAAAUGGUGCAUCACUUUGUGGACAUGGGCGUUGUCAAUGCCUGACUUGUGUACCGCCGUGAUUGUUAACAAAAAAACUAUCCGAAAAAAGAAAUAAAAUACCUGCUGGAAUUUAGGUCCGAUGUUACUGCAGCUCUAUGCAGCCAGGGAAAGCAGCAAGCACGGAAAAGGGGAAGGCCUUCCCUUGAAGACCAAGAGGAAGCUGCAUAUGAAGAAAAAAAGAAGAAGGAUCCAGCCAAAGCUCCGCCUGAGGUCAACGUCAGGAAAGAUGGUUUAGACCAUUGGCCUGUUGUAGCUGAAGACCGACAACGGUGUAAAAAAAGUGGUUGCAAGGGAAUAACUACUGUAAAAUGCAACAAAUACAAAGUGCAUCUUUGUCUUCCCAAAAACAGAAACUGUUUUAGUUCUUCCUUUCAUGGAGUGUAAGGUUUUUGUCGAAAGUAUUCUUUUUGUUCCUUGUAUCAAUACACAUACCGAUGUUUUUUUUUUUCAUUUCUAUUAGUCAUUACUUUGUAAUUUGAAAAUAAACAAAUAAAUUUUCAAAGAAA